AUGGCACAGAAGUUAGUAUCUCUAUCUCAGCUCAUCAAGCAUAUCAAAAGGCUCCCUUUGAGUGUACGCUUUUCACCAGGCAACGACCGUAGUUCUACGGGCUCCUUCUACACCGCCGCCAAUCCGCUUCAUGUUUCAACGACCUUACGCCAGCCACUUUGUGGCAACAGCGAAGGAUGGGGCCCUAUAAACUCGGAUCUUGCUGACUUCACGCCAUGCUUCGUCGAUGUCCCUGUCUCAAUUACCGCUUGGUGGGGUGUGGUGAUGGGCGCCGGGGCAUUAUGGCUCUUGCUUAAGAGGCGCGAACCACAACACGUUCCGAAGAAUUGGCAUUUCUACGCUAAGCUGGUUGUUCUGGCGCUUCUGCUCGCGUUGACGGCCACCCAAGCUAUUCUUCAAUUGGUAUCGAACGCACAACUGUACAUCGCUGAUUUUCGAUUUUGGGCAAAUGUUUGGACCUUGGCUUCACUCGCCGUGAUCUUUGCAGUCCAAUAUUUUGAACACUGGCGCAGUAGACAGCCAAACGGAGUGGUUCUCUUUUACUGGGUGUUCUUCAUCAUAGCGCAUGGUAUAAAAUUACGAUCUCUCGUCACCCGCGAAGUAUUCCGCUAUCAUCUCCCUUACUUCAUCGUCAUUACCAUCAGCGUCGCCCUCGCAAUCGUUGAGUUUAUCCUAGAGUACCUCGUCCCCAAGAAACAGAGUGCAUACGAUACCUUAGGCAAGGAAGACGAAUGCCCGUUCGAGUAUGCGGAUAUCUUCUCCGUUCUCACCUUUAGUUGGAUGACACCGAUGAUGAAAUACGGCUACAAACACUUUCUAACCCAGGAUGAUAUGUGGAAUCUGAGAGAACGAGACACCACGAAAACAACGAGCUCUCUCUUAGAGGACUCGUGGGGUAUCGAGCUAGAGAAGAAGUCUCCUUCUUUGUGGAUUGCACUAUUCCGGGCAUUCGGAGGCCCGUACAUGCGGGGAGCUAUUAUCAAGUGUGGCAGUGAUAUACUUGCCUUUGUGCAACCGCAGCUAUUGCGAUACUUGAUAAGCUUCGUCGAUUCGUAUCGUACUGAUCAGCCGCAGCCCGUUGCCCGGGGUGUUGCUAUCGCUCUAGCCAUGUUCGCGGUUUCCGUCUGCCAAACAGCAUGUCUGCAUCAAUACUUCCAGCGAGCCUUCGAGACUGGCAUGCGCGUUAAGUCAGCUCUCACCGGCCUCAUUUACUCCAAGGCGCUCAGAUUGUCAAAUGAGGGUCGCUCGGCAAAGACUACUGGAGAUAUCGUCAAUCAUAUGGCUAUUGACCAGCAGCGAUUGGUGGACUUGACCCAAUUUGGUACUCAGCUCUGGUCUGCGCCUUUCCAAAUUACUCUGUGCAUGGUUUCUCUUUAUCAACUUGUUGGUAAUAGUAUGUGGGCUGGUAUUGGAGUCAUGAUUCUCAUGAUACCGAUCAAUGGCAUAAUUGCUCGAAUGAUGAAGACCCUUCAGAUUGUCCAGAUGAAGAACAAAGACUCCAGGACACGUCUUAUGACCGAAAUCUUGAAUAACAUGAAAAGCAUCAAGUUGUAUGCGUGGAACAAGGCUUUCAUGUCUAAAUUGAGUCACAUUCGUAAUGACCUUGAGUUGAAUACACUUCGGAAGAUUGGUGCAACUCAAGCUGUUGCAAAUUUCACUUGGUCUUCAACCCCAUUUCUGGUAUCCUGCACAACAUUUGCAGUUUUUGUGCUGAUCGAUGACCGUCCUUUGACUACCGAGCUUGUUUUCCCGGCAUUGACUUUGUUCAACCUAUUAACAUUCCCACUAUCCAUUUUGCCUAUGGUUAUUACCUCAAUUAUAGAAGCUUCAGUCGCUGUGAAACGCCUUACUGACUAUCUCACUUCGGACGAACUCCAAGAAGAUGCUGUCCUCUUCCAGGAGCCGGUUACACACAACGGCGAUGAGUCUGUCCGCAUUCGAGAUGCAUCAUUCACAUGGAACAAGUAUCAACCUAACAAUGUCUUGGAGAAUAUCAAUUUGAGUGCCCGCAAAGGCGAAUUGACCUGUAUCGUUGGUCGUGUCGGUGCGGGCAAGUCAUCGCUUCUCCAAGCCAUUCUCGGAGAUCUCUGGAAGAGCCAAGGCGAAGUCAUCGUACGUGGCCGAAUCGCAUAUGUUGCACAGCAGUCUUGGGUCAUGAACGCUAGCGUGAGAGAAAAUAUUGUUUUCGGCCAUCGCUGGGAUCCACACUUCUAUGAACUUACAAUUGAAGCCUGUGCUCUAGUUGACGACUUCAAGACACUUCCCGACGGUGACCAGACAGAGGUCGGCGAGCGGGGUAUCUCGCUUUCAGGUGGACAAAAAGCUCGAUUGACACUUGCUCGAGCUGUCUAUGCACGAGCUGACAUUUACCUUUUGGAUGAUGUCCUAUCUGCUGUAGACUCCCACGUUGGCAGACACAUUAUCAACAGGGUGCUAGGACCAACUGGUGUUCUUAAUGGCAAAACGCGUAUUCUCGCCACCAAUUCUAUUGCUGUGCUGCGAGAGGCAGACUUUAUUGCACUUAUCAGGGAUCGUACUUUUAUUGAGAAGGGUACAUACGAACAACUUAUGGCAAUGAAGGGAGAAGUGGCAAAUCUGAUACGCACAAUAUCUGCCGAGGAUGAUGAUGAAAACGAUUCUGAAGCCAGCAGAGACGACGCUAAGAGCCCUAUCAGCCUUGAUUCAACAACUGUCGAUGAGUCUGAUAUGUCUGAAAUCGAAGAAGCGGAGGACGACCUUGGUGCCCUUGCACCUAUCAAACCCGGUGGUGUCAGAAGAUCUAGUAUGGCUACUUUACGACGUGCCAGUACUGCAAGUUGGCAUGGCCCGCGUAGGGAGACUAGCGACGAAGAGAACGGUCUCAAAACCAAACAAACCAAAGAAAAAUCAGAACAAGGGAAGGUCAAAUGGAGUGUUUAUACCGAAUAUGCAAAAGAAAGCAAUCUUUAUGCAGUCUCCAUCUAUCUAUUCUUCCUUCUUGCCUCACAGACAGCUCAAGUUGCAGGAGGUUUUUGGUUAAAGCGUUGGUCUGAAGUUAAUGAGAUCUCUGGCCGGAACCCCGAUGUUGGCAAAUACAUUGGAGUCUAUUUUGCUUUUGGAUUAGGGUCAUCUGCUCUUGUAGUUUUGCAAACAUUUAUCCUUUGGAUUUUCUGCUCCAUCGAGGCAUCUCGCAAGUUUCACGAACGUAUGGCAUACGCUAUCUUUCGGUCACCAAUGAGCUUCUUCGAGACUACGCCUUCUGGCCGUAUUCUUAACCGAUUCUCAAGUGACAUAUAUCGAGUUGACGAGGUGCUCGCACGUACUUUCAAUAUGUUAUUCGUCAAUGCUGCCCGUGCCAUGUUCACCAUGGGUGUGAUUGCGUUCUCAACACCAGCGUUCUUGACCGUUAUCGUCCCUCUUGGAUUUGUCUAUAUGUCUUAUCAAAAGUACUACUUGAGAACUUCCCGAGAACUCAAGAGAUUGGAUAGUGUCAGUCGAAGCCCGAUCUUUGCCCAUUUCCAGGAAUCUCUGGGCGGUGUAUCGACGAUUCGCGCAUACAGACAAACGAAGAGAUUUGCCAUGGAGAAUGAAUGGCGCAUGGAUGCCAACAACCGGGCAUUCUUCCCGUCCAUCAGCGCCAAUAGAUGGCUUGCUGUGAGAUUGGAGUUCAUAGGAUCUAUUGUUAUCCUAUCUGCGGCCGUGUUAUCUAUCAUCUCCGUUAGCACUGGCUCUGGCUUGUCAGGAGGUAUGGUGGGUUUGGCCAUGUCUUAUGCUCUACAGAUUACCCAGUCCCUCAACUGGAUUGUGCGGCAGACGGUCGAAGUUGAAACAAAUAUUGUAUCCGUCGAACGUGUGUUGGAAUACGCUAACUUGCCUAGCGAGGCUCCUGAUGUUAUCUUCAAGCACAGACCUGCUAUCGGUUGGCCGGCACAGGGUGGUGUGUCAUUCCAGAACUACAGUACUCGUUACCGUCCUGAACUUGACCUUGUUCUAAAGAAAAUCAACCUCGAUAUCAAACCCCAUGAGAAGAUCGGUGUCGUCGGUCGCACUGGUGCCGGCAAGAGUUCUCUGACAUUGGCGUUGUUCCGUAUCAUUGAAGGCACUGAAGGCGAAAUUAGCAUCGAUGACUUGGAUAUAUCUACAAUCGGUCUUACUGACCUUCGUGGUCGCCUUGCAAUCAUUCCUCAAGAUCCAGCGAUGUUCGAAGGAACUGUUCGAGACAAUCUGGAUCCUCGUCAUGUUCACGAUGAUACUGAGUUGUGGAGCGUUCUCAGCCAUGCACGUCUCAAGGAGCAUGUUGCUGGCAUGGAGGGUCAGUUGGACGCCGUGAUUCAGGAAGGAGGAUCAAACCUGAGCCAGGGACAGCGGCAGCUCGUCUCGUUGGCUCGCGCAUUGCUGACGCCAAGUAACAUUUUGGUCCUAGAUGAAGCAACGGCCGCAGUAGACGUUGAAACCGAUGCCCUGCUUCAACAAACCUUACGUAGUAGCAUCUUCAAGGAUCGUACUAUUAUCACCAUCGCUCAUAGAAUCAAUACCAUCAUCGACUCUGACCGCAUUGUGGUCUUGGAUCGGGGUACUGUCGCAGAAUUCGAUACCCCAGCCGAGCUUCUCCGGCAAGGUGGCAAAUUCUAUGAUCUCGUCAAAGAGGCAAAUCUCUUGGACAGUGAUGCUGUAACAAGCAUGCUGGGGAAGAAAUAG